AUAAGCGAUCAAAUCAAAGGUCGCACGGUUGCAGGGCUGGAGAUAUUUGUUUAUAGUGGAGCGCUUUCUUAAGUUGAAGCCGUCUGUCACAGUCACACGUUCGUUCGGAGCUGCUGUACACGGGACUUGGUGAUCAUGUGGACCUCAGCAGCUUUCGCUCGGAGUUAACGCUCACAUAUCUGCGAAGAUGUGGUUCGCAAACUUCAAAAAUCAGCCGAUAAAUUACGACAGAGAAAACAAACCAAGGGACGAAUAUCAGAAUACGUGACAGGGUAUUGUUUGAAGAUGGAAAGGAGCGCAUCUGAGCGGACCGCGCUGCGGCGGUUUGGGGACAGCGGCAUGAUGCUUCUGCCCUGGACUAAACAGAUCCUGACGGUGCUGUGGGAGCACCUGCGACUGCUGGUGCAGGUCAUCUGCUGCACUUUGAUUUCGGUUUUCCAGAUGUUCAGGUUUGAAGUCCACCUUAGAAUUACAGAUGAGACAGGGCAACACAUUCAGCACAUGACAAGUGGGUCAGGAGACCCUUCUGACAGUUUCCUGCUCUCAUCUUUGUUUGAAAACAACAAAAACAUAGUGGUCGGGGGUUCCAAUCCACUUUCAAAAUUCGGCAGGGACCCAUUCGACGUGAGCUCCAGAGCUGUCCUGUCCAGUCUGGUCAGCGAUGAACUCUGUUGCUCCUUGGUGGAUGACCUUGUGUCCCACGCAACAGAGUGUCUCAAUGACACUGAAGACCUCUAUAUUGGAGAUCACUCUAUGUGGAAACAUGGAUACGACUGGACCAUAUUAGGAGGAUCAGAGAGGAAAUGCGGAGAGAACACCUGCACGUUUACUGCACAUGUGUCUGGGUUUUCUGCAAAAGAGUUCGUAAAGCAUCAGAAGCCCAUCGGUGAUCCUGAUUCAUGUAGUUCAUCUACAGAGGAUGUUCAAGCUCCAUGUAAAGUGCAGUCAGUCGGUCAAUUCUCAGACAGCGAGUUCAGCUGGGGAAGCACAGACAGCUCUUGCUUUGAAGGAGAACGAGAGGAGAAUGACAAGCUCUGGGACCUUCUGACCAGCUCGACAGAUCCAUAUCACCCUCUACACUUCACGGCAUGUUUGUCCAGUGCGGUUCCUGAAAAAAGCAAAACGCAGGUGGUUUUGAAGGCUGAAAGUCCCACUGUAUCACAGUCCACUGCAUCUACAGGCUCCGACUCUUCCAAACCAGGUUCUGAAGAUGAAGAAGAAGAGGCCUUAUGGAGAUCCCUCUCUCAGAAUGAUGACCCAUAUCACCCAUUGAAUUUCAGAGCCCCUCUUCAAAGCUCACCAGCUACAUCACUACCUUCAAAACAUGAUUCGCCCAGUGACAACACACAAAAUAAAACGGAUAGACUAUUAAAAUCUUCAAGACGCUCAAAGCCGCCAUUACCAUCAAGUAAAGUUGCUCGCCAUUGCUGCCACAAAUUACCAGUUGAGACAUUAUCAGCGGUGCCAUGGAGAAGACAUGUUGGUCUGACUGCCCUUCAGGGCAACCAAAGGAAAUGUCCCAAUUUUAAGAAGGUGAAAUUUUCUCCUAUCGUACAAGUCCACAAGAUGCAAGCUUGGUCCUUUGCUUUUCAAGCAUCUCGUAAGGGACCGUGGGAGGAGUUUGCACGGGACAGAGACCGUUUCCGUAAGAGAAUCAAUGAAACUGAGAAGGCCAUUGGCUACUGUUUUAGUUUGUCGCACAGGGAAAAGCUGUGGGCCUAUAAGGACAGAGUACAGAAGUAACCAGCCCUUGAUCUGCAAAAAUUGGUUUCUGAUUGUAAUUAUUGAUCUUAUAGUUCCCAUGCCAGCCUCUAGACUGUUAUAUUGACUUAAAUUGACAUUUAUACCUCAUUGCUGUGUCCCAACACACAUUGUACCUUGACUGCUACUGAAUGUUGCUACUGAUUUGUUUUUUGUUGUUGUUGUUGUUUUUUGCUAUGCCUUACAGACUCUUCAGUGCGACUGAUCACACAUUUAUUUUUUAACUCAAAUUGUUGAUAUGUUGGAGUACUAGACUAGUGUUAUUUUAUUUAAAGAGAUAGUUCACCUAAACAUGAAUAUUCUGCCAACAUUUACCCUCAUGCCACUGCCAAUUCCGAAACUUUCAUGUGAAACGCAAAAUAAGACUUUUUGAAAAAUGGCAUGAAAGUCAGAGGGUCCAGUGUUGUUUUGGAACCCACUGACUUUCAUUGUAUGGACAAAAUAGUUAAGUAAAGAUUCUUCAAAACAAAAAAUAGUUCAGUUAUAAUUCUUCAAAAUAUCUCCUCUUGUAUUUCACAAAAGAAAGAAAGUCUCACAGGUUUGGAAUGAUGUGAGGAAGAGUAAAAGAUAACAAUUUUAAUUUUUGGGUACAUUAUACCUUGUUUAUUCCAAUGGUUUUAAAUGGUGUGAAAAUAGGCUGCUUUUUAUUAUUAUUCAUUAUGUUGAUGAAAAUGCAAAAAAAAAAGAUAUAACAAGACCAAGUUACAAUGCACCUCGAUGUUUACAUUUUUCUAUAUAUAGAUAUAUAUAUAUAUAUAUAUAUUUGUUCAAAUACACUACUGUUAAAAAGUUUUCAGUCAGUAAGUUUUUUUUUAAUACUUUUAUUCAGCAAGAACACAUUCAAAUGCAUCACAGUUUCUUCGUAAUUAUUAAGAAGCACAAUUUUCAACAAUGAUAAUAUUAAAUGUUUCUUGAGUGUAUAUAAUAUUUCACAAUAUUACUGUUUAACUGAAUUUUGACCAAAUAAAUGCAGCCUUGUUGAGCAUAAGAAACUUCUUUUAAAAACGUUUAAAAAUCUUACAAACUCCAAACUUUUGAGCAGUAGUGAAUAUGUAAAUUACAUCCUAAACCAUAUGUCCUACAAAAACAGAUGCUGUUAUGUUUGCUACAUUUGACUUCACAGUUUGUACGUGAGAAUAAAUUAAAUGACAGCAAGUUUUUUUUUUUUUUGCUUUUAUUUCUGUUUUAUUACUCUUCAAAUGUUCUAUUAUCACAUUCUGCAUGUGUUGAAUGUACAGUUGUUUCCUUGCACACUGUGUCCUGACUCAUUUGUUUUGGUUCAUCUUACUAGUUCAUUGUGUCUCAGACUCUGACUGUAGAGGUACAGAACUCCUGCGAGACCAUCAUGUGCAGCCCCUGUAAGAGAGGGUUAAAAACAAAGCGUGAUGAAACUCUCUCCCUUGAGAAGAAAUCAAUUAGCAUCUCCCCUCGACACAUCAGCUGCAACACAAGCUUGCAUGGUGCAAAGACAAGCAAUCGUUUACGCAAUCUUUCAUGCUGUGACAACAGACUGCAGGUCUAAUUUAAUGGUGCUUUGUCCUGGAGUUAAUUAGAUUGCAUUUCAGACAUUUAUUGAUAACGUAAAGGUCGACACACAUGCUAUUAUGAAAGUGUUUAACACUAUUAGCAAUAGCUGACUGGUUGUACUUUACUUUUUGCUUGUUGAAACAGUGCCGGUUUGAAAGCAACAGAUCGGAGAGUAGUUUGAGGAAGGGUUGGUAGCUGGACGCAUGAUGCUAGUUGCAUGUGGCGCUGCUAUGGUGUCUUCCUCUCCUAAGGUGCCUUCACCCAGGUGACCUUGGUCUCUAGGCAACCAAGCACAGCACUAUUUGGCAAUGAGAGGAUUGCAUAUGAUUGCAGCAGGGGCUGGUGUGUUGUGGGAGGGCAGCCAGCAUGGCCCCAGCCUCUAUUACUCAUCCUGGAGAGUCCAAAGCUUGUGAAGGGGGAUCUCUGGAGUCACAAUUACAAAGCACUGACUGCCUGAUGCAAUAGAGUAGUCAGCAGCCACAGUGUGCGAGACAAAAAAAACCACAGGUAGUCAGACACAUCUCAUGUUACAGAGAGAAAUUCGCGCUGGAUUGGUUAUUAUUACAUAGUCAUUUUUAAAUAGUACUGAAUGUUAAUAAUGUGAACGGUCAGUGUACAUUAAGUGGUUAAAAACAUGAACAUGAGUCAUUACAAAUGGUGAUGCUUUCCUGUAAAGAUAUUUGAAUAUUCAAAUCAGAUGCAGCAGCUUCACAGAGUCGUUUUGUGAAUGUGAGUGAGAGGCAACAUGAAUCCUUUUUUGGAGAUAGCAAAUUGAUCAUUGUUUGGAGGCAAUUUAUUUUGCUGCCUUCAGUGGAGCAGAAUUUUUUUCAUGUCGUUCCAAACCUGUAUGAGUUUCUUUCUUAUGUUGAACAUAAAAGAAGACAUUUUGAAGAAUGCUGGUAAUCAAACAGUUGAUGGUCCUCAUCCUAAUUCUUCCCCUACUAUGGAAGUCAAUGGGGACCAACGACUGUUUGGUUCUUCAUUGUGGCUUGACACAAUCCUGUCUCUGAUCUCUACAGGCAGUUCUUUUGACUUCAGAGCUUGGUUAGGCCUUUUAUUGAGAGGCGUGUGCCUUUCCAAAUCACACCCAUUCAAUUGAAUUUGCCACAGGUUAACAGGUUAAAAGGGUUUGAAUCAUUCCUUAGCUGCUCGUCAAUAAAAUCAGACUGCCAUUAAAAUCAAACCAGAUUGCUAAAAGCUGUUUUAUACCAGAGAAUUAAUGAUAUAGGCAAAUUCAAUGUAGCCCGCAUACAUUGAUUUCUUGAAAUUAGUUUUUGCAACAGCAGCUCUCUUUAUGUUCACACAGGCAACAGCAUGAACUCACAGCUUAACCAUAAAGACUGACACAGUUCACCUCUCUUCAAUGGCUAGCUUUAUGU